AUGGCUCGAGGGACUACAGUUACCGAAUACCUUCCGCGGUCUUCUAAACUCUCGGCUUCUGAUACCUUUUCUCUCUCUUCCAAAAUCCAGCGAGAAAUAGAGCGAAAUGGCAUAUCCCGUCCGAAAGGCUACACGGUCUCCUGGCAUGCAAAUCCUGAAGUGGAGAAGCAUCACUUUGGAAUGGCACAUCCCAUGAAACCAUGGAGAUUGACCUUAACCAAGGAGAUUGUAAUGGCGUAUGGCAUGCAUACUGCUAUGGACACUCAUCUAUCACGUGCUGCAACUGUCGAAGAACUCGUCGAGUUUCACAAAGAGGACUACAUUGACUUUCUCUCCUCUGUCACGCCCCAGAAUCUCGGUACAAAUUAUCCUUGGCUCAAGCCUGGUGCUGUAGGCUAUUCGGGUCCCUUCUUUGGUGUUGGAGAAGACUGUCCUAUCUUCGACGGCCUCUUUGAGUACUGCUCGCUAUAUGCGGGCGCCUCGAUUGACGCGGCUCGCAAGCUGACAUCGCAUCAGUCUGAUAUUGCCAUUAACUGGUCAGGUGGCUUGCAUCAUGCGAAGAAGGCUGAAGCGAGCGGCUUUUGUUACAUAAACGACAUCGUGCUUGCCAUCUUGCAACUGCUCCGGCAUCACCCACGUGUACUAUACAUCGAUAUUGACGUACACCACGGCGACGGCGUUGAGCAAGCGUUCUGGUCAACCGAUCGAGUGCUGACACUUUCCUUUCACAAAUACGACAAAGAAACUUUCUUUCCAGGGACGGGUCCUCUUGAUGAUACUGGUCCCACUCAUCCUGACAACCCUGGUGCUCACCAUUCGUUGAAUGUACCAUUAAAUGACGGCAUCGAUGAUGUUUCGUAUCAAUGGCUAUUCGAGUCGGUUGUUGGUCCCUGUAUCGACACCUAUCGGCCCACUGCCAUUGUUCUACAAUGUGGUGCGGAUUCUCUGGGCCACGACAGACUGGGCUGCUUCAACUUGAAUAUUCAAGGGCAUGGCUCAUGCGUUUCCUACGUCAAGUCCUUCAAAAUCCCGCUUUUGGUUGUGGGUGGCGGAGGUUACACACCGCGGAAUGUUGCUCGAGCGUGGGCACAUGAAACCUCAAUAUGCAUAGGUGCCGAUAAGGGCCUCGACCCAACUCUUCCGCUACACACACCUUUUCGACACCAUUUUGCGGAAGAAGGCCCUACGCUUUUCCCACCGCUACAUGCCACAAGAUUCGAAAAUAAGAACCCCAGAGCCUACUUAGAGAGCGUUGUUACAGCGAUCAGGGAACAGCUCCGUUACAUGCAUGGAGCGCCGAGCGUACAGAUGAGCCAUAUUCCACCCGAUAUACAAGGAUGGCGCGAAGAGAUCGACAAAGAACUGGAAGAGGAGGCGAAACGGGAAGAGGAAACGAAGGAAGAAAAAGACGGUGCAGGUGGUCUUCUGGCUAGGACUGGGCGGCGACGAGAUUACGAAAGAUCGGCAGGCACAAGAGGGGAACUCUCUGUGCUAUGA